UAACUUCUAUUUAUUUAUACCUGUCUUGACAUUUUUUUGUAAUUAAUACGUAAUUUCUAAGAUCCGAUAAAAUCUCAAGUACUUAUAGUUGCCAGUCAUGAGUUCGUCAAAUUCGCAUUUGAUGCGAGACACUAUCUCUCUCUCUCUCUCUCUUCAUAUACUAUAUAAUAAUAAUAAUAAUAGAAUCUCUAUAUUACAUCUUAUUACAUCUUAUGUCUUUUCUUACAGAUAAUAGAGGAAAUAGUUAUUUCAGAUAUUUGUAACGACGAUGGAAUUAUUGCAACUUUUAAAUAUUACUCUAAUAUUUGUCGCUAUAAAAGCUACUAUCAACAAUUUGAAAAAUAAUUUGAACGCUAAUGAACUUCAGCAUUUUAACGAAUCGUUAAUAAUACCAUCAGAAAACUUUAUUGACUUUAAAACUUUUAUCGAAGAUGAUCACUACAAUUAUACAUCUAUUUAUAAAAAGUUUAGAUCAUAUAUUGACAAGCAACAUGCAAAAAACAACUUUGUUUUCGAGGGUACAUUUGUAUCAUUUUUUAAAGUUACUGCUAAAACAAACACAAUAUGUUUGAACAUAUUAAAUCUGAAAAUAAAUAAAGCAGCGACAAGUGUUACUAUAGAUGAUAAGAAAAAAUGAAACAUGUGGUUUUUAAACCAAAAAUACAUAUAUAUGAUAAAGAAACUCAAAUGGUUAUGAUCCAUUUUGAUCAACAUUUUUUACCAUCUACUUCUUAUCGUCUAAGGAUGGAAUUUAUCGGUCCAAUAAUUAGUAUGGGUAGCUUUUAUCGAACAUCAAAUACUAAAGUAUGGUUGAUCGCAGCAUCUGACUCAGAAGGAAUGGGAAGUGGACUGAUAUUGCCAUACUGGAAUAAAUGUUAUAUUAAGGCUAAAUUUGCUAUUACCAUAAUUCAUCAUGGAAAUUAUAAAGUUUUGACAAACACGAUCUUUAAAACAACCUAUACAGAAAACAUGCGUUCAUAUUUUUAUAGCGAAAUUAAUACAUUCCCACAUCUUAUAGGAGUUGUAUUUCACAAUCUUGAUCAUAUCUCUAACGAAACUGACACAUUUAACGAGGACCAAACCAUUGACAUAUGGGGAAGACGAAAUAUAAAACAGCGUUUCGAAUUUGUGCAGUACAUUGCUGUAAAAUCCAAAUUGUAUUUGCAAGAAAACUUUGCUGUAAAAUCCAAAUUGUAUUUGCAAGAAAACUCCGAGCUUCCAUCCGAAUUUCCAUCAAAUAUGAGCAUUAUCAUAAUUCCGAAUUUUAGAGAAGAAACUAUAGAAAGUUGGAGACUUGUUUUUUACAAUGAGGCAGCUGUUAUGUACGAUGAAACCAUAGAUCCCAUUGCAUAUAAAAUGAAUGUGGCACAUACAGUGGCACGCAAAAUGACAUAUCAGUUUUUUGGCAAUAUGAUCGGACAAUCUUGGGGAUCCUAUUCAUGGAUAAACGAAGGUGUUGCCACGUUUUUAGGAAUGAAGAUUAUCGAUAAGAUAAUACCAGACUCGAGAAUGUUGGAUUUAUUCGUAGUACAAUUUCAACACGAGUGUCUUCGUUUGAAUCAUUAUUAUGAUAUGCCUUUUGUAGAAAUCAUUGGAUCAUCAUAUUUUAUUUCCACUUUCCCAUUUACUCAUUAUGUUAAAGCAUCUGUCUUUAUACACAUGUUAUCAAAAAUAGUACCAACGGAUGUUUUUAUGAUUAGUCUCAGUAAAUACGUAAGAUUGCAUCAGGGUACAUUUUUCGAUACAAUGGAUAGUCUUUCCAACAAAUUCCUUAAUAUUUUCCACGAAAUAUACAUGAAGCAUAUAAUACUUGAAAAAAGUAAAACAAGAUCGAUAGACCUAGAAAAAAGGUUGAAUUGUUGGAUAAUUCAGAAAUAUUUUCCCAUACUAGAAGUGACAUUAAAAUCUUCUAAAACAUUGUUUGAAAUAAAAUUAUCACAAAAUAUGAGUAGAUCAAAUUGUAAUAAUUUAUGGAUACCUGUGAAGUAUGUUACCUCUCACAAUAAGUCUCAAACUCAGUGGCUAUCCCAUAACAAACCAAUUUUAAAUGUGCCUAAUAUUGAAGAAAAGCAUUGGAUUAUUGUUAACAUUCAACAAAGUGGAUACUAUCGUGUAAAAUAUGACAAGAAAUUAUGGGAAAAGAUUUUAUACUCUCUACACUCAACUUCAUCUGACAUACAUCCUUUGAAUCGUGCACAGUUCAUCGAUGACGCAUAUUAUUUUUUAUCGACAAAAAAACUUGAUUUUGUUUUUUCAAAAGACUUACGUCUUAUCUUUCAAAAGAGACAGAUUACAUACCAUGGUAUCCUCUAUUUAAAAUUAUGGAAGAUAUAUCAGGUUUUCUUCCGUUUCGAAAAAGUAAUAAUGUAAAGAUGCACUUCCUGACACUCUUUGAUUCUGUUCUGGAAUACCUAACAUAUGAUGAAUCGAUUCAUGAU